AGAUUUGGACCAAUUAACACAACCCAUCCCUCUCCUCGAUCUCCUCUCCUCUCCUCUCUUGUUGCUCACUUAGCUAUAGAGACCAAGAUGGCUAUUGUAGCACAGAAGCUGCCACAGUCCAGGAGUGAUCGCAGUAUGUUCUCCUCCUCGGAUGACAAUGCAAUGAUGAAGAGGAUUCUCGAAACUCAUGCCCCAGAUGGCCGAGAAAUCGAUGCCAAACCUCUCCUUCAGAUCGUUGAGGACAUUUUCCACCGUGCUGCACCUGGCAUCUCCGGCAAUAUUAUUCAAGGAACACAAGCGCAAAUGGACGCACUGGACGACAAGGCCUUCCAUUCUGGCCUCAUUGAAAUGCUCGAACUUCUAUCAUACACGAUUACCCGAAUUUCCUGCGAGAUAUCCUGCAAGUGUUCGGGUGGAGGAGAUGCGCAUGCGACAACUGUGGCAAUAUGCAACAUACUCUCGAGUUACUCAUGGGAUGCGAAGGUGGUGCUAGCCUUGGCAGCUUUUGCUGUGAACUAUGGUGAGUUUUGGCUGGUCGCGCAGCUUUACUCCAGCAACCCCCUUGCCAAAGGGCUUGCCAUCCUGAAGCAAUUGCCUGAAAUAUUGGAGUAUACUGAUACUUUGAAACCAAAGUUUGAGGCACUUACCAACCUCAUCAAGGCCAUGCUGGAUGUCACCAAGUGCAUCGUUGAGUUCAAGGAACUUCCUUCCCAGUACAUUACCCCGGACACAUCGGAGCUCAUUACCGCCAAUGCUCAUAUUCCGAUAGCCGUUUAUUGGACCAUUCGGAGCAUCGUGGCAUGUGCUUCGCAAAUUAUGGGCCUCAUCGGCAUGGGUCAUGAGUACAUAGCAUCAACAACUGAGGCGUGGGAGCUGUCGAGCUUGGCCCACAAGGUCAACAACAUACACAGCCACCUCAAUAAGCAACUCAAUCUUUGUAAUCAACACAUUGAGGAGAAGAGACAUGUAGAAGCAUUUCUGACUCUCGUGCGUCUCUUCGAGUCAAUCCAUAUCGAUAACAUGAAGAUACUUAAGGCUUUGAUUUACGCCAAGGAAGAUCAGCUGCCUCUCUUUGAUGGUUCCACCAAGAAAAGGGCUAGCAUUGAUACGCUGAGAAGGAAGAACGUGCUGCUGUUAAUCUCAGACCUCGAACUCUCCCGCGAGGAGCUUUCGAUGCUUGAGCAAAUGUUCCACGAGGCACGGCAGGAACCGUCGAGGGCAGAGAGUCAGUACGAGGUUGUGUGGCUCCCAGUCGUGGACAGGUCGACCUCGUGGAACGAAACGAAGCAAAAGCAGUUUGAGACCCUACAACUCCAGAUGCCGUGGUUCUCGAUUUACCACCCUUCACUGCUUGACCCGGCAGUGAUCAGGUACAUCAAGGAGGUGUGGCGCUUCAACAAGAAGGCUCUGCUCGUGGUGCUGGACCCGCAAGGGAGGGUCGUCAACCCCAACGCAAUCCACAUGAUGUGGAUCUGGGGAAGUGUGGCCUUCCCUUUCACAAGCGCAAGGGAGGAAUCCCUCUGGAAGGAAGAGAGCUGGAGACUUGAGCUUUUGGCUGAUGCCAUCGAGCCACUCCUCUUUAAUUGGAUAACAGAAGGAAAAUACAUUUGCUUGUACGGAGGGGAAGAUAUGGAGUGGGUGCGAAAGUUUACAUCGACUCUGCGUAAUGUCGCGCAAGCCGCCAAGAUACCACUGGAGAUGCUUUAUGUGGGGAAGAGCAACCCGAGGGACAAAGUUCGGAAAAACAGCACGGCCAUUGUGUCGGAAAAGCUUAGCCACAUCCUGCCGGAGACGACUCUCAUCUGGUUCUUCUGGGUGAGGCUUGAGAGCAUGUGGUACUCAAAGGUACAACAUGGCAAGAGCGUGGAGAACGACACCAUAAUGCAGGAGAUCAUGACAAUGCUGAGCUUUGAUGGGAGUGAUCAGGGUUGGGCUGUGAUCAGCAAGGGUUCGGCAGAGAUGGUCAGGGCCAAGGGGGACACCAUGUUGACGGCUUUGAACGACUACGAAACGUGGAAAGAAAAUGUGGCGGGGCAAGGGUUUGUGCCAGCACUGAAUCAGCACCUCACAGACCAUCGCACCCCUCAUCACUGCAACCGUCUGAUUCUGCCAGGGACCGCUGGGAGCAUCCCUGAGAGAGUGGUCUGCGCUGAAUGUGGCCGUCCAAUGGAGAAGUUCCUCAUGUACCGCUGCUGCACCGAUUAAGAGUAUUAAGGCUGCAUGUGAGCUACGUACUACUAAGAUUAUCCAUAUGAUUCUAUGAAUAAGGGCCACCAUAUAUCUGCCAUUUUAGCUUGCUGGUAUAUAGUAAGUUCAGAUGUGUAAAAUAUGGAAGUCUCUAUAUCUAGUCUAAGUGUGCCUGAUAAUGCUAUCAUAUUUAUUCUUAUUAAUGAUUUGAAUCCUUCUUUUU